UUUCAUUCCCUCUCCUCUUGCCCAUCCACAGGCCUGAGCCCGGGCGAUGCUGAAGAUGAUGACUUUCUUCCAAGCCCUUCCAGGCCAGCAGACGGUGCCAGGGGUUCUUGACUUCCCCGGAAGUUCCCCGAAGUUGCCCUCCACCUCCGAGGUGGAAUCCGAGGCCUCCAUGUCAGAGGCCUCUUCUGAAGACCUGGUGCCACCCCUGGAGGCCAAGGGAGCCCCGGAGAGGGACAAGGAAGAGGCAGAAAAGAAGAAGAAGAAGAGGCCAAAAGGACUGGCCGACGUGUUCAGCAUCUUCACCAAAGGGAGGAAGAAGAAAGGUCAGCCCAGCUCAGCAGAGCCAGAGGGCGACCCCGAGUCCCAAACUGAGUCCAGCCGCCCGCGGCCCACAGGUAGGCUGGGACCCCAGGCGGGGUAG